GAAAAAUCCACUCUUUGAAGUGGGAAGUGGGAAGUGGGGAAUCAUCUAGAACCCAUCCUCAUUGUCUUUUAAGCCCUAGUCCUCUACUUACCAGUUACCAUCUACCCUCGGCACAUUUUAUCUGCGCCUACCCUUAUCUUAUUCUCUGCCUCUGCAAAGAAACCCACCAAAAACCCAUCCUCCGUUUUCAAUCUUCACGAGAUAAUGGCCUCAGCCAAUGCCAUCUCCACAACCUCCAUCCUCUCUGCAUCUUCGAAACAAUUGGGUUUGAAGAAUAGGAGAGUGACCCAAUUCCAGAAGUGUGGCCAGAAACAGAACAAGAACCGGUUUGUGGUGAGGGCUAAUGCUAAGGAUAUCGCUUUUGACCAGAAGUCAAGGUCUGCUAUGCAAACAGGCAUUGACAAGCUUGCGGACGCUGUAGGCCUUACUCUCGGUCCCAGGGGCAAUGAUAUGUUGGUGGGUGCUGAAAAUCUGCUUUUUGGUCAUAAUAAUGUAGGAAGGAAUGUAGUGUUGGAUGAGUUUGGUGCCCCGAAAGUGGUGAAUGACGGAGUGACUAUUGCAAGGGCCAUUGAGUUGCCUGAUGCCAUGGAAAAUGCUGGUGCUGCAUUGAUUAGAGAGGUUGCGAGCAAGACUAAUGAUUCUGCUGGUGAUGGGACCACUACAGCUUCAGUGCUUGCUCGAGAAAUUAUAAAGCUUGGUCUUUUAAGUGUGACCUCGGGUGCUAACCCAGUUGCAGUGAAAAAGGGCAUUGACAAAACCGUGCAGGGUUUGGUCAGUGAGCUUGAAAAGAAAGCUAGGCCAAUCAAGGGCCGCGAUGACAUCAAAGCUAUUGCAUCAAUUUCUGCGGGCAAUGACGAGAGCAUUGGGACAAUGAUUGCUGAUGCAGUUGACAAAGUGGGGCCGGAUGGUGUAUUAUCCAUUGAGUCAUCAUCUUCCUUUGAGACAACUGUCGAUGUUGAAGAAGGAAUGGAGAUCGACCGAGGAUACAUCUCCCCACAAUUUGUGACCAACCCUGAGAAAUUGAUUGUUGAGUUCGAGAAUGCAAAAGUAUUAGUGACUGACCAGAAGAUUUCGGCUAUCAAAGACGUUAUUCCCCUGUUAGAGAAAACCACUCAGUUGAGGGCACCUUUACUUAUCAUCGCAGAAGAUGUAACUGGAGAGGCAUUGGCUACUCUUGUUGUGAACAAACUCAGAGGUGUCUUGAAUGUGGCUGCAAUCAAAGCACCUGGUUUUGGAGAACGAAGGAAAGCCCUUCUUCAAGAUAUCGCCAUUGUUACAGGAGCCGAGUAUCAAGCCUCUGAUUUGGGUCUGCUUGUGGAGAACACUGAUGUUGACCAGUUGGGAACUGCAAGAAAAAUAACAAUAAGCAAGGACUCAACUACUAUCAUAGCUGAUGCUGCAUCAAAGGACGAGCUACAAGCUAGGGUUGCUCAGCUGAAAAAGGAAUUAGCUGAGACAGACUCGAUUUAUGACUCUGAGAAACUAGCAGAGAGAAUUGCAAAAUUGUCUGGUGGUGUUGCUGUUAUCAAAGUUGGUGCUGCAACAGAGACGGAGCUCGAGGACCGUAAGCUUCGAAUUGAGGAUGCAAAAAAUGCGACUUUUGCUGCGAUUGAGGAAGGCAUCGUGCCAGGUGGCGGGGCCGCAUUUGUUCACCUCUCUGCCCAUGUGCCCGCCAUUAAGGACAAACUUGAAGAUGCAGAGGAGCAACUGGGUGCUGAUAUUAUCCAAAAGGCUCUUGUAGGACCAGCAGCUCUGAUAGCCCAAAAUGCUGGAGUUGAGGGUGAAGUUGUUGUGGAGAAAGUGAAGGCCAGCGAGUGGGAAUUCGGCUACAAUGCAAUGACGGACUCGUACGAGAAUCUAGUUGAGGCUGGCGUGAUCGACCCAGCUAAGGUCACAAGGUGUGCCCUGCAAAAUGCAGCUUCGGUAGCUGGUAUGGUUCUCACUACACAGGCCAUAGUUGUUGAGAAGCCCAAGCCCAAGACGCCUGUGGCUGCUGGGCCUGGGGCCCAGCCAGGCAUGGGAAGUUAUUCUGUGUGAUCAACUGAAUGGUAAUGGAGUACUCUGAUUUUCUUAUGGGAUUAGGCGUGACUGAGAUGAUGGAGUUUUAGGAUUGGAUUUUGAGUGAUGGUUUACUUUGUUUGUGUGCGUGCUCUGAUUGAGGGGUGGUGAGAGGCAAAGGCCAGACGAUUAUUUGGCUACCUGUUGUUUGGAUACUACCCAUUUUGUUUGAAUUUGUUAAAUGUUAAGUAGUGCCCUUGUGAGGAUGAUGGAAAGGGAACCGCUGAAAUAAACAGAAGUCGCAUGGUGAAAGAAAUUGAAUUUUAGCAGCGCAAAUACGAGGUGAAAAUGACAGUAAAAUAAUUUUUAUUAUUAUUAUAUAUAUUUAUUUAUAAUUUAGGGCGAGGAAAAUAUAAGGAUGAAAAUUAUGUGCGUGACAGGACCCAACAGUUCUGGAUCACAUCAAAAGGUUUAAUGGUUUGAUAUCUUCUUCAAGAUGUUAAGGUGUAGAUUGUUGUUCUAACAUUUAGAUAGUUGGGUUUUCCAUAUUGAAGUCAAGAUGCCGACGAGAUUGCAUUAGCAUAUCUCGACAAACAUGAUCGACUUUGGUCCUUAGCUUGAUUAUUAUUAUAUUUUAGUUAGUUUAUGUUUCUUUAUGUUGUGUGUGGGCUUUUAUUAUGUGGUAUUGGACUUGUUGUGUUGCGCUUCUAAUUAAUAGUGAUUAGGACUUGGAUGUAUUAUUUAUAAAUAGUUGUGUAUCCGUGAACGGGGGAGUUAUCAGAUUUUAUGAAUUGAAUAAGAAAAGAAAAGAAAGUCGAUUUCUUUUACAGAGAAGAGAACUUCUCUCUACACAUUCAAUCUUCCAUCACCUA